AUGAACAAGCAUGCUAAGCUGCUCUUCCUUGGACUUGACAAUGCUGGAAAGACCACGCUCCUUCACAUGCUCAAGAACGACAGAGUGGCAGUCCUCCAGCCUACUCUCCACCCAACCUCUGAGGAACUCUCAAUAGGCAAUGUCAAGUUCACCACCUUCGAUCUCGGAGGUCACGCACAGGCCCGUCGACUUUGGCGCGAUUACUUCCCGGAAGUAAGCGGCAUCGUCUUCCUCGUCGAUGCCAAGGACCACGAGCGUCUCACCGAGUCCAAGGCCGAGCUCGACGCUCUUCUCGCAAUGGACGAGCUCAAGUCGACUCCCUUUGUCAUCCUCGGUAACAAGAUCGACCACCCCGACGCCGUCAGCGAGGACCAGCUUCGCGCUGCCCUUGGUCUGUACCAGACAACUGGAAAGGGCAAGGUGCCGCUUGAGGGCAUCCGUCCCGUCGAGGUCUUCAUGUGCAGUGUUGUCAUGAGACAGGGCUACGGAGAGGCUAUCAGAUGGUUGAGUCAGUAUGUCUAG